AAUCAGAUUGCUAUCUACUUAGUAAAAAUUUUGGCCAUGAAAUCAUAGCUGGCGGGAAGCACAAAAAAAGGUGUCAAAGAUAAAAUUAAAAAAAUCUCACUAUAAAUAUUGAGAUCUCUUGUAAAAAUCAAACAGUUCAUCAAUUAAAUUUGGCAACGUUCGGACCAUCGCAGCAACAGCAGGAGCAGCAUAAAAAUUAAGAGCCAGAAAUGAGAGUAUUCGCCCUGAUCGUAACGACCCUCUGCCUGGCAGCUGUGGCACAAGGUUUCAUUGACUAUCAACUAGAAUGCACUCGCGACGAGAUCGGCAUACGUUGGCCCAGCUACUACAGUAACUCUGAUUACUAUGUGUGCAGUCGUGUUGGUGGUAAACAAGUGAAAUUGAGUUGCAAUCCAGGAGAACUCUUCACUUUCGUACUCCAAGCCUGUACGAAACCAGGAAGGUUCAUACCAGCACCACCAGUGGAUCUUCUGCCAAUUAGUUCAUCAAAAAACGAUAAAUUUUUAAACCAACCAACAAACGGAGAGUCAGGCAGCAGUGAAGUAGCUCUGCCAAAACCUUUAUAUCCAUCCCAUGGCCUUCCAACGGCAGAUCUAGUACUUCCUGGCCUACCGAAGGAAGACAAGCUAGUUGAUGGUCCACCAACUCCACCAACAAUUGAAUUAACAACAUCGGAUAUUUCAUCAUCACCGUCGUCAGAGUCAUCAAAGCCGCCAACCCCACCACUACCACCAACACCCGAACCAACGCCGCCAGUUGUCAAAAAGCCAGUUAAGCUGCAGCCACAAGCACCUGGAAAGAAACAACCCACAGCACCCAACAAGAAGCAGCCCACUAAGCCAGAGAAGAAACCACCAACUCCGGCAAAGAGUGCAGCAAAAAUGCCAAAGAAACCGGCGCCACAAGCUAAGAAGCCAGCUCCAUCUAAAGAGUAGAGCAGCCAAGUUUAAAAUGUGUGUUUAAAAAAAAAAUAAGUUUAAUAUCUUUACGCCUCAUUCAAUGUAAUUUUAUGAAGAGAAUCAGUUAAACAAGCGGAAUUUCAAUAUUAAACAUAAUAAAUCGAUUAACCGCAAUU